CGAGGCUCGCGGCGCGGUGCAUGCCGGGCCGGCGGCGGGCGGGCCCGAGCUCCCAUCAUGGCGGCGGCCGCGGCUUCCUGGCUGUGGCUCUGGGCUGCCUUGCUUAUCCCUGCGGCCGCGGUCUACGAAGACCAAGUGGGCAAGUUUGAUUGGAGACAGCAGUAUGUUGGGAAGCUCAAAUUUGCCUCCUUGGAAUUUUCCCCUGGAUCGAAGAAGUUGGUUGUGGCCACAGAGAAGAAUGUGAUUGCAGCAUUGAAUUCUCGGACAGGGGAGAUCUUGUGGCGCCAUGUUGACAAGGGCUCGGCAGAAGGGGUGGUGGACGCCAUGCUGCUCUGCGGGCAGGAUGCAAUCACUGUGUCCAAUGGAGGCCGGAUCAUGCGCUCCUGGGAGACGAACAUCGGGGGCCUGAAUUGGGAGGUUACCCUGGACAGUGGCAGUUUCCAGGCCCUCGGGCCGGUCGGCCUGCAGGAGGCGGUGAGGUACGUUGCAGUCCUGAAGAAGACCACGCUUGCCCUCCAUCACCUCUCCAGUGGGCACCUGAAGUGGGUGGAACACCUCCCCGAGAGUGACAGCAUCCACUACCAGAUGGUGUAUUCCUACGGCUCGGGGGUCGUGUGGGCCCUCGGAGUCGUUCCCUUCAGCCAUGUGAACAUUGUCAAGUUUAACGUGGAAGAUGGAGAGAUCGUUCAGCAGGUCAGGGUCUCGACCCCCUGGCUGCGGAGUCUCACCGGGGCCUGCGGUGUGGUGGGCGAGGCUGUCCUGGUGUGCCCCGACCCGAGCUCACGGUCCGUGCAGACCUUGGCCCUGGAGACGGAGUGGGAGCUGAGGCAGAUCCCGCUGCAGUCUCUCGACCUAGAAUUCGCAAGUGGGUUCCAACCCCGGAUCCUGCCCACACAGCCCAGCCCGGUGGAUCUGUCUCGGGCGCAGUUCUUCCUGCAGUUGUCCCCAAGCCACUAUGCGCUGCUGCACUACCACCACGGCAUCCUGAGUCUGCUCAAAAACUUCCCGCAGGCUGCCCUGGUGAGCUUCGCCACCACUGGAGAGAAGACAGUGGCUGCAGUCAUGACCUGUCGGAAUGAGGCGCAGAAGCCUAGCGUUUCUGAAGAUGGGUCACCUGGGGGCUUUUCGGAGAAGUCUGGUCCCCAGGACUCGCUGGCUUGCUUCAACCAGACCUACACCAUCAACCUCUACUUAGCGGAGACGGGCCGGCGGCUGCUCGACACCGCAAUCACCUUCAGCCUGGAACAGAACGGCACUCGGCCGGAGCGGCUGUACAUCCAGGUCUUCUUGAAGAAGGAUGACUCUGUGGGCUACCGGGCCUUGGUGCAGACACAGGAUCACUUGCUGCUUUUCCUGCAGCAGCUGGCAGGGAGGGUGGUGCUGUGGAGCCGCGAGGAGUCCCUGGCCGAGGUGGUGUGCCUGGAGAUGGUGGACCUGCCGCUAACUGGGGCGCAGGCGGAGCUGGAAGGGGAGUUUGGCAAGAAGGCAGCCAUCCAAGACGGCCUGCUGGGCAUGUUCCUGAAGCGCCUGUCCUCCCAGCUCAUCCUGCUGCAGGCCUGGACCUCCCACCUCUGGAAAGUGUUUUACGAUGCUCGGAAGCCCCGGAGCCAGAUCAAGAAUGAGAUCAACAUUGACACUUUGGCCAGGGAUGAAUUCAACCUCCAGAAGAUGAUGGUGAUGGUGACGGCCUCGGGCAAGCUUUUUGGCAUCGAGAGCAGCUCCGGCACCAUCCUGUGGAAACAGUAUCUCCCGAACGUCAAGCCAGACUCCUCCUUUAAGCUGAUGGUCCAGAGGACGACUGCCCACUUCCCCCACCCGCCCCAGUGCACCCUCCUGCUGAAGGACAAGGAGACGGGAAUGAGCUCGCUCUAUGUCUUCAACCCCAUUUUUGGGAAGUGGAGCCAGGUGGCGCCCCCCAUGCUGAAGCGCCCCGUCUUGCAGUCUCUGCUGCUGCCCAUCAUGGAUCAGGACUACGCCAAGGUGCUGUUGCUGAUAGACGACGAGUACAAGGUAUGCGUCUGCAGAGGCUGCAGGACCCCUCGUCGGUGGUGGUGGGGGAGCGGGCAGGGCGCUCACACCGCAGCUCGUGGGCCCCAGGUCACAGCCUUUCCAGCCACUCGGAAUGUCUUGCGGCAGCUCCAUGAGCUUGCCCCUUCCAUCUUCUUCUACUUGGUGGACGCGGAUCAGGGGCGGCUGUGCGGAUAUCGGCUCCGGAAGGACCUCACCACUGAGCUGAGCUGGGAGCUGACCAUCCCCCCGGAGGUGCAGCGCAUCGUCCAGGUGAAGGGCAAGCGCAGCAGUGAGCACGUGCACUCGCAGGGCCGCGUGAUGGGGGACCGCAGCGUGCUCUACAAGAGCCUGAACCCCAACCUGUUGGCCGUGGUGACGGAGAGCACGGAUGUUCACCACGAGCGCACCUUCAUUGGCAUCUUCCUCGUGGACGGUGUCACGGGGCGCAUCAUCCACGCCUCCGUGCAGAGGAAGGCCAAGGGCCCUGUCCACAUCGUGCACUCGGAGAACUGGGUGGUGUACCAGUACUGGAACACCAAGGCCCGGCGCAACGAGGUCACGGCGCUGGAGCUCUACGAGGGCACGGAGCAGUACAACGCCACGGCCUUUAGCUCCCUGGACCGCCCGCAGCUGCCCCAGGUCCUGGGGCAGUCCUACAUCUUCCCAUCCGCCAUCAGCGCCAUGGAGGCCACCAUCACAGAGCGGGGCAUCACCAGCCGCCACCUGCUCGUUGGGCUGCCUUCCGGAGCGAUCCUUUCCCUCCCUAAGGCCUUGCUGGAUCCUCGCCGCCCUGAGAUCCCAACAGAACAAAGCAGAGAGGAGAACCUGAUCCCGUAUUCUCCAGACGUGCAGAUCCACGCAGAGCGGUUCAUCAACUAUAACCAGACAGUUUCUCGAAUGCGAGGUAUCUACACAGCUCCCUCGGGCCUGGAGUCCACUUGUCUGGUCGUGGCGUACGGUUUGGACAUUUACCAGACUCGUGUCUACCCGUCCAAACAGUUCGACGUCCUGAAGGAUGACUAUGACUACGUGCUCAUCAGCAGCGUUCUCUUUGGCCUGGUCUUCGCCACCAUGAUCACGAAGAGGCUGGCGCAGGUCAAACUCCUGAACCGCGCCUGGCGAUAAAGGCCUGAGACCCCCCUGCCAGAGAGCAGAGGGCCGAGGGGAGCGAGGGUCGGGCGCCAAGCUCCAGCGGCAGUACCGGGUUGGGGGGGACAUGCGUGAGGCGCUCACCUCAGCUGAGCGCUGUGGGAGGAAGACGGACUCCCGUGGAGACUGCUCUGGGGAUGCGUCUGCUGAGGAGUCUUCAGGGGCGGACAGAGGCUGGACUCGGUCAGCCGAGACCGCAGAGCGUCCUGACGGACUUUGCCCUGAGCCCCAAGGCUGCCGUCAUCCCCUUCUGUGCCUGUCCACCGAUGUCACUGCUUGAUAAGACCUCCAGCAGACCUCUUCCGUGAGGCCUGCUUAAAUUGAUGUCGGUUUGCCUCCUGUCUCCCAGGUGUAUCUGGAAAGCCUUCUCCUUGCUUCCAAAGUCAGAAGGAACUCUUACCGAUAACUCUACCUUAUAGGUGCGUUUGCUGUUUUACACUGGGGAGAAAGAAGAGCCACACUUAGCUGAGGUUUGAGAACCGAUCCAGCCUCUCAUGGCUUCUUUCCAAAGUAACUGUGGGUCAAGAAAUCUAUAUUUGUGUCAAAAUUUCUCUUAACUAAGCCUCUCAUUUCAUGUUCCCAUUCAUGAAUGGGCCAGCUGGCCUUAGAUUCAGUUUAUCGAAAACCAGGUGCAUAGUAGUAUCUUUCUUUGUCAGUUGUUGUUGAAGCUCUUCUAAAAUGUGUCAGAGCUGAGGCCUUUUCAGAACUACUGAAGUGUCUUCACCUUGAAGGGAUUUUAAGGGAGGAAGGCAAAUCUGCCCAUUUUACAGUCUCUUUCAACCUCUCAUUUCACCCUCAGGCUGACCUGAUCAUCUUAUAACCCAGUUGGAAAAAGUUGUCCUUGUUUAAGAAACCUCAUUAUUUAUGUUUGGUUAUGCGUUAAUGUGUGGGUUACUAUACUUCUUUUAAAAUCAGCAGCUUUUAAAUCUUGUCUCUAAACAAGGGGCGGAAAGGGUAGGGGUGGGACCCAGGCGUCUCGGGGAUGUGGCCUUGUUGCCUGGCUGCACUGUUGUCUCUGCUGCAAAUUGAAGAUGGCCUAAAAAUUUCCCCUGUCGGUGGGUUUGGGGACUGAUGGAGUUUUUCUCUACUGUGAAGAAUGAAAUGUACAGAGAGCCCUGUCGGGAGAGAGGUACGUUUAAGUGUCCGAAUAAAGUGAGUGACGAGUGACA